CUUCACUCCUAUUUUUGGUCUUAAUUGUCAGCCCACAUUUCUUCAAGCAGAUCAAGAUUUCUGCUUUGGCUCUGUUGAAGAUGGUGAUGCAUGCCCGAUCAGGAGGAACUCUUGAGGUUAUGGGUCUCAUGCUUGGCAAGGUAGACGGACCAACAAUGAUUGUAAUGGACUCCUUUGCCUUGCCAGUGGAAGGUACUGAGACGAGAGUCAAUGCUCAGGCACAAGCUUAUGAGUAUAUGACAGGUUAUGUAGAGGCUGCUAAACAGGUUGGUCGUCAAGAAAAUGUGAUUGGUUGGUACCACAGCCACCCAGGCUAUGGCUGCUGGUUAUCUGGCAUAGAUGUAUCUACCCAGAUGCUGAAUCAGAAUUAUCAAGAGCCUUUUGUGGCUAUUGUUAUUGAUCCUAUACGCACCAUAAGCUCAGGCAAAGUCAAUAUUGGAGCUUUCAGGACCUAUCCAAAGGGUUACAAGCCACCAGAUGAAGGACCUUCAGAGUAUCAAACUAUUCCUUUAAAUAAGAUUGAAGACUUUGGUGUGCAUUGUAAACAGUAUUACUCAUUAGAUAUUUCUUACUUCAAAUCAUCUCUGGACAAGAAACUUCUGGAUUCACUGUGGAAUAAGUAUUGGGUUAAUACUCUUAGUUCGUCAUCGCUUAUUACAAAUGCAGAGUACAUGACUCGUCAGAUCUUUGACUUAAGUGACAAAUUAGAAAAUUCAGAAACUGCCCUUGGGCGUGCUGGACUGUUUGGAUUAGACCCCCAGGAAAAGAAAACAGAAGACAAAUUGAGCCGAGUGACACGAGAUUCUUGCAAAACUACCAUGGAGGCUCUGCAUGGACUUAUGGCUCAGGUUGUAAAAGACAGACUAUUUAACCAAAUACCACAAGCUCAGUCCCAGGCUCAGGAAUCUGCUCAGCCAUCAUCACAAGCACAGGCUUAGGCAAAAACAAAAGUAUUUUUCAGUUGGACUGCUGGAAUGAACAUUAUACUGUAACCUGUAAAAUAUAAGAAGUGAUUUUUGUAUGUGGCCUAUGCCAAAAGUGUUAUUGGGAAGAACUUAACCCAUAAAGGUCAUAUACAGUGCCAGGGGCAUCAGAGAGGUUGCAGUAAUCAUAUUUGAGCUAAGGAAGACGAGGGUAUCUCCAAUUUAAAAUCGUGAAAGUCAAGUCUUUUACUGACAUUUGCAAUGUUGGUGUAGUUAUAGGGUAUUAAGAGUAGUGACACAAGGGGUGUCACUACUCUUUAUACCCAGUACUAUAGCUGUUAGUUUAAGAUUUUAAGGUUACAGUGAGUCAAAGGGUUUUUGUGAGGGGCCAUUAAACACCACAACAUAUUCUUUGAGCUACUGUAAUUUUUCAUUUUAUGUGCUAUGUAUGCAUUAUAUCCAAUUUUCACAACAAAGUGAACAGUAUGCUCCCAAAAUUAACCACUCUCCAUAACUUAUCACCACACAUCACCACCCUCCAUAACUUAUCCUCACACAUCGCCAUACUCCACAACUUAUCCUCACACAUCACCACCCUCCACAACUUAUCCUCACACAUCACCACCCUCCACAACUUAUCACCACCUUCCAUACAUGUGAAUUGUUUUUAUUACUGUAUGAUCUAUACAUGAGAGUGCAGUAAAGUAGCAUUUUUACAGGCAGCAAUACUGAUAAAUUCAGUGCUUUAAAUAUCUACACUACAUAACCUUUCAUUCCCUACUUCUCUUUCAGUUUAACUGUCUUGUGUUCUUAGUAAUAGAAUAAUGUAAUUUCAGUAGCAUUAGCAUUAUUUAUGAUAAUAUACAGUGGUCCCCUAGGUAGUAGGUUGGUAAACAGCAACCGCCCAGGGAGGUAUUACCAUCCUGCCAAGUGAGUGUAAAACGAAAGCCUGUAAUUGUUUUACAUGAUGGUAGGAUUGCUGGUGUCCUUUUUUCUGUCUCAUAAACAUGCAAGAUUUCAGGUAUGUCUUGCUACUUCUACUGACACUUAGGUCACACUACACAUACAUGUACAAGCAUAUAUAUACACACACCCCUCUGGGUUUUCUCCUAUUUUCUUUCUAGUUCUUAUUCUUAUUUAUUUCCUCUUACCUCCAUGGGGAAGUGGAACAGAAUUCUUCCUCUGUAAGCCAUGUGUGUUGUAAGAGGCGACUAAAAUGCUGGGAGCAAGGGGCUAGUAACCCCUUCUCCUGUAUAAAUUACUAAAUUUAAAAAGAGAAACUUUUGUUUUUCUUUUUGGGCUACCCUGCCUCGGUGGGAUACGGCUGGUUUGUUGAAAGAAGAAGACCUCCAUGGGAAAGUGGAACAGAAUUCUUCCUCCGUAAGCCAUGCGUGUUGUAAGAGGCGACUGAAAUGCUGGGAGCAAGGGGCUAGUAACCCCUUCUCCUGUAUAUAUUACUAAAUGUAAAAGGAGAAACUUUCGUUUUUCCUUUUGGGCCACUCUGGGAUACGGCCGGUGUGUUGAAAGAAAGAAUACGGUGGUCCCUUGAGUUGCAAUGGUCUUGAGUCGCAGUAAUUUUGAGUUAUGAUUUACUCUCAAAGGAAUUCAGUUUCAAGUUGCAGUGAAAGAUUUAACAUGUUAUAAGAGUAUAAAAAAAGGAGGAGCACUGCAGCAGGUCUACUGGCCUAUAUGCAUAAUGGUUGGUGAAUGUGGGUAUGCCUCAGUACAGAGUCAAGACAGGGUGAUGAAAAGGUCUUAAAUGGAGUGAUGAUGGAGGGUGUGGAGGAAGUGAGUGGGAGGGGGGGUGGAGUGAGAGGGGGAGACAGUACAUGUACCAGACAUGGGCAGUGGGAGACUGUGACAGGAAGAGUGUAAAUAUUAAGUCUGCAAUUCUUUAUUAAUUUCUGCUUGCCUUCCCUGGCCUGUCCUGACCUACCUGCUAAGCUAUCCUGACCUGCCUUCUCUGCCCUGCCAGCUCUACAUGCCCCAGCUUGCCCUACCUGCAAUGCCUGCUCACCCUGUCCUGGCCCUUGCCUUUUCUACCCUGUUUGAAGUGGUCUGUCUGCCCUGCCCUGCCAACACUGACCUACCUGCCCUUUCUGUGACCUGCUCUUCUCUGUCUUGCAUGUUCUACCAUAUCCUGCCACUUUGCCUGGGCAUAAGCCUGUGAAAAAUAGGUUUACUUGAUGUUGGGUGCCAAUGCCUUGAGAUUUAAAGCUGAAGCCUGUGCUUGUUUACCACACAGAAAGCCCUGGUGUGUUUAUAUAGCGAUAAGUAUCAAGGGCAGGUUGGGUGUGUUCUGAUAUCUUGUAAUGACUUACCAUAAAAACUACAUAUUUUGCAGUUUGAGUUACUAUAGAUUUGCGAUAGACUGUCUCCUGGAACGGAUUAAUAUCGUAUCUAUAUACAGCCUCUCCUCACUUAGCAACGUACUCGUUUACUGACGACUUGGACUGACGACAGGUUCUAAUCGGUAUGUAUACCUUAAUAAUAUAUAUUAAAUACAGUGGUACCCUGAGUUUUGGCCAUAAUUCAUUCCAGAAUGUUGUUCGAGUGCUGUUACCGAACGAAUUUGUUCCCAUAAGGAAUAAUGUAAAUUAGAUUAGUCCAUUUCAGACCCCCAAAAAUACACUUACAAAAGCACUUAAAAUAAUACUCUUACAUAAUUGUUCAAGUUGGGAGCUGUACAAAACUUGGGGUACCACUGUAUAUUAAAAAUGAUAUAAAAGGUGCAAUUGGGACAUUAAAAUAAUAUCAAAGAUGGUUGAACAAACCCACUACCAUUAUAGUAUGCUCCUUGUUUGUGACAUUCGUUUACUGACGUGGUCUUAGGAACCGAACUCUGUCGUUAAGUGAGGAGAGGCUGUAAUUAGGGUGCAUCUGAUCCAGAGGUAUAUUUGACACUUUAAUUGGUAAUGUAGUAAGAAUAUUCCAUAGUACUUGUCAAAUUCAUUUAUUUGCAUUGCCUUAAAAUUUUUUCAGGAAAUAAAUUUAGCCUAAAAUGUAUUACUGUAUCACCAUAAUUUUAAGUGCAUUGAUCGCAUAUAGAGGUAGAUUCAAAAUGAAAAUUAGAAUUAUGGCUAUUUUAUGCUCAUGGGAAAAUCUAAACCAUUGUAGGAUUGGUCUGCCAAAUUUUCAAGGAUGUGAUUAUCUGUGAUAAUGCAAUUUUCACUGUUGCUAAAUAUAAGCUUAUGAUUCUCUG